AUGUUUAAAGUCUCCAAGAAGAAGCCAGAAAAGAAACAGAGAUCAAUAGCGUCUUUUUUCAGUUCAAAAAAGACUUUUACUCCUCCUAAAGAUGAUGCUCCUACUACAAAAAUAGCCACCGAAAAUGCAACAACUCACACCGAUGCAACAAUAGAUCUUACCACAACUACUGCUAAAACUACCAUUUCUACAAGUGGUAUUCCUUCUUCUAUAAGCUUGAAGAGACAAGUUGUUCCACCUAAUAGAUCAAUCAAACUGGCGUCAAGAACUUCUUCAAAUCAAGGCAGUUCGUUAUUCUCAAGUCAAGGCUCCUUUGAUGAAACUGAUCCUUCUUCAGAAUUACAAUCUUUACUACAAAAACCAAAAUUAGCAUCGUUUAAACCAAUAAGAAGAUCUUUAAAAGCAGGCCCAUCCUCCAAAUCACUCGUUUCUACAUCGUCUUCCACUAUUACUUCUACAAGUUCAUCAAUACAUUCUUCUUCAGGAAAACGUCAUUUAUCUUCUACAAAUCAUUUAUCUUCAACGAGUAAUACUCCCUCAUUGAGUUCGACUUUCCCAAAUAUUAGUUUAUCGAUUAAUAAAAAACUAAAAUCAUCUCCAAGAAAAUUAACAGCAUCUUCAUCUUCAAAUAAACACAACUCCGAUUCAUAUUAUGAAAUAAAAUUAUCUAAACAACAACAAGAUGUUGUAAAUUGUGUUAUUAAAAAACGUCAAAAUGUAUUCUAUACUGGUGCUGCUGGGACAGGGAAAUCAAUCAUUCUAAGAACAAUCAUUUCAAAAUUACAUGGACUAUACGGUAAGGAUGCCAUUGCAGUCACUGCAUCAACUGGUCUGGCGGCAAAUAAUAUUGGUGGAUGUACAUUACAUAAAUGGGCUGGUAUUGGAUUAGGUAAAGCAACUGCAGAAAAAUGUAUUCAAAGUUUAUCUAAAAAAUAUGACACGUUAGCGUUAUGGAGAAGAACUCGUGUUUUAAUCAUUGAUGAAGUUUCUAUGAUUGACGGUGAUUUUUUAGAUAAAUUAGAUGUUAUUGCGCAACAUUUAAGAAAUAGUAAACAACCAUUUGGUGGGAUUCAAUUAGUAUUAACAGGUGAUUUUUUCCAAUUACCCCCAGUGAAUAAAAAUAGAGCUGAAAAUUCAAAAACUGCUUUUUGUUUCCAAUCUAGAAUGUGGAAAAAUUGUAUUGAAAGAACCAUUUUAUUGACCGAAGUCUUUAGACAAAGAGACGAUGAUGAAUUAGUAUCUAUAUUAAACAGUAUUCGUCUGGGAGAAAUUAAUCCCAAAAUGUCUUCCGUGUUAAAAUCUUUGGAAAGAAAUAUCGCUUAUCCAGAUGGAAUCUCUCCAACAGAAUUAUAUCCAACAAGAAGAGAGGUUGAUCUUUCGAAUUCAAGACAAUUAAAUCAAUUACCUGGUAAAUUAUAUACUUAUAAAAGCUCAGAUUUGGUACAAUCACACAUGAAAGAUAUGUUAAAUGCAUCAGUAUUAGCGGAAGAAAACGUUUAUUUAAAGGAUAACGCUCAAGUCAUGAUGUUAAAAAAUAAACCUGAAUCUGAGCUAGUUAAUGGUUCUUUGGGGAAAGUUUUAUUUUUCUCCACUGAACGAUUAAUUAAAAAAAUGAUUGAAUUAUACGGAUUUUAUUUUGAUGACGAAAUCGUAAACGAUAUGAGAUUAGUAAGUAAUUGUAUCGAAAAUCCGUCAUUUGUUAAUUCUGAUGUAUAUGCUAAUGGAUUUAAAAACCGUCCAAUAAUCAGACAUGAAAAAUUAAGUAUUUUGACAAAUUUUGCUGUUAAGACUAAUACAAAAUUAGAAAAAAUUUAUCCAUACGUUCGUUGGACUAUUGGCCCAAAUAAAUAUCAUAAUGAAUUAAUGAUGGAUGAAAUCUUCCCUGUAGAUGUACCAGGUGAUAAUAUUGGAAUGCAAAGAACUCAAAUCCCAGUUAUGCUUUGCUAUGCUCUAUCAAUACAUAAAGCUCAAGGUCAAACAAUACAAAGACUAAAAGUAGAUUUAAAAAACAUUUUUGAGGCUGGCCAAGUUUACGUGGCUUUGUCAAGAGCAGUUUCAAAGGAUAGUUUACAGAUCCUGAACUUUAAUCCAAAAAAAAUUAAGGCUGAUGAGGAAGUGAAAAAAUUUUAUCACAAAUUAGAAAAAUUGGAUUAG